AUGAAAACCAUACGAAGUAGUCAUAUGUUACAAAUUUUUAUAAUUAUUUUACUAACUCUUGUCAGAUUAAGUUAUCAAACUCUUUAUGCAUGUAAUGCAAGUGCAUCAUGUGGUUGCUCAAGGAAUUCUGCAACAGUAAGUCGUAUUGUUGGUGGAGAAACUGCGAAUUCAGCUACAUGGGGUUGGGCUGUCUCAAUCUCUAUAGCUAAUAGUUAUCUUUGUGGUGGAUCGAUCAUAUCAAGUUCAUGGAUUAUCACAGCAGCACACUGUGCAGAAGGUUUUACAGCAUCCCAAUUCAAAGUCUAUGCUGGAUCAAAUAUUCGAUAUUCUGGUACUCAAACUCGAACUGUGUCAAAGGUUAUUCUACAUUCCGAAUAUAAGUCAGCAACCUUUGUAAAUGAUAUUACACUGUUGAAACUUGCCUCCCCAUUGGAUAUGAGUGAUCCUUAUGUGAGAUCUAUUUGUUUACCAUCAGUUAGUCAGGCAACACUAUCAGCUGGUGAAUGGCCACCAGUUGGAACAAAUGUUGUAGCUGUUGGAUGGGGUAGAUUAAGUGAAGGUGGUUCAUUACCAUCAACACUUCAGCAAGUUACUUUGCAAACCGUAGAUUAUCAAGCAUCGACCUGUACUCCAACAAUGAAAGAUUGGCAUGUACAAUUUUGUGCUGGUGUAUCAGGGGGUGGCAAAGAUACUUGCCAAGGUGAUUCGGGUGGUCCAUUGAUGAUGUUUAGCUCAAACAAUCAAUGGAUAUUGGUCGGCGUGACAAGUAGUGGUAUUGGUUGCGCAGAGGCUGCCUAUUCUGGAAUGUUUAUAUAA